AUUCAGCGGAGACACAAAGCGAGCAAGUAAAUUGCUGGAGGCUGCGGUGGGACUGGGAGAGACUUGGGGGAACAUAGGAAAGCGGAACAGAAAAGAAAGAAGCAGGGACCAGACAGUGGGUGCAGGGAUCACAAAGCUGAGGGACAGGGACUAGUCAAGGUGCCGGCCCGGGGAUCAGGCAGUGGGUGCAGGAAGGUACCGGUUUGCAUGUUCUGCUCCCAGCCGGCAGUCAUGGUGUCUCCAGUUACUGUGGUGAAGAGUGAAGGACCAAAGCUGGUGCCAUUUUUCAAGGCCACUUGUGUGUAUUUUGUCCUGUGGCUUCCGACCUCCAGCCCGUCCUGGUUCAGUGCCCUCAUUAAGUGCUUGCCCAUCUUCUGCCUGUGGGUUUUCCUCCUGGCCCACGGGCUGAAUUUCCUGGUCACUCAUCGUUGCGCCAAAAGGAUCUUGGCUGGACUAAUAUUCUCGGCUGUGGGAGACGCCUUCCUGAUUUGGCAGGAACAGGGAUACUUUGUGCACGGGCUGCUCAUGUUCGCCAUCACCCACAUCCUCUACUCCUCAGCAUUUGGGAUGAAACCACUGGACCUGCGCACUGGGAUAUUCAUUGGACUGAUUUCUGGCGCUCUAUACACGUUCCUUUACACCUACCUCUCAGGCCCCUUCACCUACCUGGUCGCUGUCUACACCGCCCUCAUUGCCUUCAUGGGCUGGAGGGCUGUCGCUGGGGUGCAGCUCUGGAACGACCUCUGGACCUGGACCAAGCUCUCCGCCUGUAUUGGUUCUGUCCUCUUCAUCGUAUCCGACCUGACCAUCGCUGUCAACAAGUUCUGCUUCCCGGUGCCAUGUUCUCGGGCCAUCAUCAUGGCUACCUACUACGCAGCCCAGAUGCUGAUCGCCCUGUCAGCAGUUGAGUGCCAGGAUGAGAAUGACUACAGGAAGAGGAAGUAAGACAUCACCAGGGCGGUUUUGGAUUUGCUUUGACUGACGUGAAACCGGGUUCCUUUAGUUGAGAUUCCCCCCCCCACACUUCUCUGUGAAGAACCCUCUGCUGGACAAUGUGCUGUGUAUUGUGUGUCUCUGGAGGCCCAACAUUAUGUUGCUUAUGGUGAACCCAAUGGGCCCAGUCACACACUGUACCCUCACUGUACCCCAUGUCAUUAGUCUUAUCUUCUGUGUUCGCCUUAUUCCAUUUAAGUUGGACAGGAAUACUGCUUUUGCCUAGGAUGGAUCCCCCUAGCUCUAUAGAAUUUUAGGGGCAUAUGUUGGGUGUGGGUGGGGCAAAACUGUUGAUAUGGGUGGUACAUAAAGGGCAGAACUGUAGGUGUGGGAGGGGUAGGGCAAGAUGGAGACAGUAGGGCACAAAGCAAACCUGCAGUUGUUUUUAAUCUUUCCACAAAAGCCUGUGGCUCUUUGACAUGCUGGGGGCAACAGCUGUACCCUUCACCUAGAGAGACCCCAGUAUUCCCUGGACUGAACUGCAAUGUGACAUCCUUUCCUGAUUCUGGCUCACACUUGUACUAUAAAGGGAUCUGCAUUUCCUACUGUUAGAGACUUCUGUGUUGCCUGCACUCACAUUGGGCAUUAUCAUGGUAUUUACCCUCACACAGGGAAUUUGUACCAAGCUGGUGUUUCAUAGGGCCCCUAUUUGAUGCGCCACCUUCUAUCACUAAGGGUGGACUGAAGAGCAAGGAUGGGAACCCGUGGCCCCCUAGAAUUUGGGUUGAAUACCAUGUCGGGGGGCACAUUGCACUUCUUGCUUUAGAGUUUCUGCCAGGUUGUAUCAGACAGGGGCUGGACCAUUAACCUUCUCUUGUCUGCAUCAGGUAGAGUCUCUCAGGGGCCAGACUCUUGCCAUUAUUGUAUAACAAUCCGUUUUCUUUCUUCUGUGAUUUCAUGAACAGUAACUGAUUUGCUUUGAUACAUGCAGUACAGAAAGUCAGUGAUUAA